AGUACACCCACCUCCUCUGAUGUUCACAAGUUUUUGUUUUGAUUUCGGCUUGGUUUGGCAUUUUUUUCAGUAGUGCAUUAUUUUUUUAAAGUUUGCUAGUAUUUAGAAAAACUGCAUUUUUUAGUAAGUAAUUAAACGCUUGAUGACAAUCACUGCACAUAAGUUAUAUUUCAACAAGCAUGAAUGCAAUCAUCGCGUUGUGCCAUUUUUGCGAAGCACAUGGUCCCGGUUCCCUGUUCUGCACGCAAACGCUGCGCGAGACCAACAUCCACCAGCUGGACAUUGCGUUCGACGGCGAGCGCAAGGGCUGCGCGGCGUGCACCUCCGUCGGCAACAGCACCGGCCUGGUCAGCAAGGACCCGGACAGCAACGCGCACUUUGUGAGCAGCCAGAGCCCGGUCAUCCCGGAGACGGUGGAAAUGGUGCGGAAGGCAGCGCUGAGGAGUAUCAGCAGUGAGGUGAGCAGUUCGAGUUCGACGGCGGCGGUGAUUGCGGACGGUGGGUUGGUGUUUUUCGGCGAUGCCCAUCGGGGACACGUGCUGAGUCACACGUUUCAGCUGAUGGAUUCGCAGGCGCGGGGGUUUAGCAAGCUGUUUUCGAUCGUGAUUCUGAUGAAGGACAAGAUGUUUUUGCUGAACAUUCAGCCGUAUUUGGCGGAUUGCUUGACGAAGAUUUCGCGGGAGUUGCAGGGAUAUGCGAGGGUCGUGCACGAGGGGGAGUUGAAGGCGCAAGGGUCGAGUAAUCGGGCACAGCGGAUUAACCAGGGUUUCAGCAGUUAUUCGUCGCGAUCGUUGAUUGAUCUGACGGGGAAGGAGUCGAUCUUUGCGUACUUGCACGCGCACUUUGCGUUCGUUUUGUGGGCCGGGUCGAGGUAUUUGACGGAGAGUAUUACGCUGGGGAGUCCGUCGGUUCCGCCGUGGUUGGGACGUGACACGGAGGAGGGAUUUACGAUGGUGCAAACCGACAAGGAGGGGUAUUUGAUGCGUCGGAUGGGCUUCGGGAAGGUCGAGGACGAGACGGAUCGCGUUGACGAGUGGACCAAGGCGAAGUAUUCUCUGCGGAUGUUCCGGCAGAUGCUCAAGGAUUCGUUCCUGUCGGUUUGCUUCUGUGCGCUGACUGGGAUUCAGAUCGUCAUUCGGGGUCCGCAGGUAAAGGGCAUUUGUUUGGCGAGAAAUUUGAGGAAGAUGCUGCCGGAACCGUUGCACAAACUGGUCAAGACGCACGCCGAGUCGUACAAGGCGGCCAACGAGUGUCGAAUCAUCAACUUGAGCCAGGACGCGGUGGCACCGAAUCCUUCGGCUGGGAUUAUGAGAAUCGAUUUGGUGGACGAUCGGGGCAAGGACACGGUCGCCGUUUGCGUGUGGGAGGCCGAUUUGCCCAGCAAGUUGCCAACGCUGCUUCAGAAGAUUGCGAAAGCCGUCGACGAGGAACUUUUUACCGACACGGUUCUGGACAAACAGCUGCGCGCUCUAGUCGAAGAGUGGAAAAACAAAGUGGUCUGCCUCCGGAAGAUGAGCUCCAACCAGGACGUGGCCAAGAUUAAGAAGAUCAUGGGCAUCCAGCAGCAGGACCAGGUGCUGAUAACGUACUGGUACAGUCACUUGUGACGACGCACGGCCUUUUUUGUGGUGGAAUUUUUUGCCUUUUGUAUUUCACUUAAUUACACAAGGAGAAUAAUGAAAGGAA